AUGUCACAAAAGCAAGUACAUUCCUACGACGAAGUUGAAGUAAACAAACUGCGUGGCAAACCCAGGAGACAAGGUGGAUCACGGCAACCAACAAACCAGCCGAGACCACAGCGCCAACAAAACAACCAGCGUAAACCACAGCAGCAAUCAAGACAACUAAACGAUAGCACCGCGAAGUGUUACCGUUGUGGUCCCUUACCACAGCAGAAGGUUAACUCUCUAGGAUCUGUUAGGUCCAAAUCGGAGAUUCUCUCAGAGUACGAGGAUAGAUUCCAAUGGACAUCUCGAACUGCAGACUCGGUUGACAAACACAAUAAAGCUCUUUCAGCAGUUUUGCAAAGGUUGCGCGACAAGAAUCUGACAUUGAAUAAGGAAAAAUGUGAAUUCAGUAAGUCCGAGCUGAAAUUCAUGGGCCAUAUUCUGUCUAAAGAUGGCAUCAAGAUUGGUGACGCAAAAGUCAGGGCUAUCAGAGAUACUGAACCGCCCACAAAUGUCACCGAGGUCAAGUCGUUUUUGGGACUGGUCACAUUUUGUUCCAAAUAUAUUCCAGAUUAUGCUACCUUGUUUGAGCCAUUACGUAAAUUCACAAGAAAGAAACAACCUUGGGUCUGGGGGUUGACCAACAAAAGUGUUUGA